AUGCUCCUCUCCAGGUCUCUGAUGUUUCUGUGCUGCGGCUCCGGUCGUGUUUUGGUCAGGAGGUAGAAAGAUGACAGCCAGAAAGUCCGGGUCGCGGUUAGAGACUGAAAUAGAACGCUGUCGAUCAGAGGGACAAUGGGACAAGAUAGCAGAACUCGUGCGGCAGAUGUCUGCGAAACUCAUCUCAAACGAUGAUCUCGGAGAGCUUCUGCUGGGGGAGGCCAAACUCCAGCAGUACCUCAAGGAAAACCCCAUCAAGCAGGGAGCCAGUCCCCGCGGCCCCCGACCACGCCUCCAGGAGGUACGGAAACACUUGACGGCUGCACUUGAUCGGGGAAACUUAAAGCCUGAAUACAUGCAGGAGGCCAGUCUGAUCAUGGCUAAGCUGUGCUACGUGGAGGUUGAUUACAGGGAAGCACUGAAUCAGUACAGCCGUGUAAAUCUGGAUGAGAUGCAGCUGGUAGGGGCUCCAGUGUACAGACUCUCCAUGAUUGCUGAGGCCUACGCCACCAAAGGUCUUUGUCUGGAGAAAGUGCCCAUGGCGUCCCCAUCACUGUCCAAUCGUAAUGCAGACAGAGACCAGGAGAUCAUCACUUGUUAUGAGAAGUCUGGAGACAUCGCUCUUCUCUAUCUUCAAGAGGUAGAAAAGGCUCUUAGUGUUGGCAUUCAGAACCGAAGUCCAAAGCCCGGUCCGGUCACUCAAGACCAGGAACUUGGCUACUUCCUAGAGACAGGACUUCAGAGGGCUCAUGUUAUUCAUUUCAAAAAUGGUAACCUGACCCGUGGUGUCAGCCGCUUCCGAGAGAUUCUCCGAGCCGUAGAGACCAGAACUACUCAGAACCUGCGUAUGACUAUCGCCAGGCAGCUUGCAGAGAUCCUGCUGAGGGGCAUGUGUGAACAGAGUUACUGGAAUCCACUAGAAGACCCCCCUCACCACUCCCCCCUGGACGACCUGCUCAGACACCCUCUCCACACUAAGGACUACGCUCUCAGCCGCCGCCCACGCAUCUACUCAGGAGAAAAUUUGUUUUGUCCACAGGAGAACACAGAGGAGGCCUUGCUCCUGUUGUUAAUCAGCGAAUCCAUGGCUAACAGAGAUGCCGUAUUGAGUCGAAUCCCCGAACACAAUAAUGACCGGAUCAUCAGCCUCCAGAGCGCCUCACUGGUGUACGACCUGCUGACCAUCGCGCUCGGCCGACGCGGACAGUAUGAGAUGCUCUCAGAGUGUCUCGAAAGAGCCAUGAAGUUUGCCUUUGAGGAGUUUCAUCUCUGGUUCCAGCUUGCUCUCUCCCUAAUGGCUGCUGGGAAGUCGGCUCGAGCAGUGAAGGUGCUGAAGGAGUGUAUAAGACUGAAGCCGGACAAUCCCACCAUUCCUCUGCUGGCCGUCAAGCUGUGUAUUGGAAAUCUGCACUGGCUGGAAGAAGGUGAGCGCUUUGCUAAAAUAGUGAUUGAUAUGGGUGAGAAGGCGGCUGAAUUCAGGGCCAAAGGCUAUCUAGCUAUUGGUCUCGUCUACAGCCUGAAAGCCACAGAUGCAUCUCUUCGAGGAAUGCAGGAAGAGUAUCAGAAAAAAGCGCUGAGCGCUUUCCAGAGUCUAUUAUUCACAAAGGUGAAGUUGGAGACGUUGUGUCGAGGUCCAGAGGAUGCAUUACUCUCCUGCAAACGCAUGCUGCAGAUUUGGAAGUCCUGUUACAACCUCACCAACCCCAGUGAUUCUGGGAGGGGGAGCAGUCUGUUAGACAGAGCUGUUGCUGACCGUCGCCAGCUGAAUGCCAUGACACUACCUGACUUCAGUGAUCCAGAGACAGGUUCCGUCCACGCCACCUCCAUAGCAGCGUCACGGGUGGAGCAGGCACUGUCUGAGGUGGCCUCUUCCCUUCAAAGCAGCGCUGGUCUGAUAUUGCAUCAGCUGCAGAGGUACAGUCUUGCGGAGAAGAUCUUGCGUGACGCGGUGCAGGUGAACAGCACGGCCCAUGACGUGUGGAACAGUCUGGGAGAGGUGCUGCAAGCGCAAGGCAAUGACGCCGCUGCGACCGAAUGCUUCCUCACUGCCCUGGAGCUGGAGGCCAGCUGUCCCAUCUUACCUUUCACCAUCAUUCCCCGCACCCUCUGAGACACUCCGAACACUCACCACCGGCACAACCUCGGUCUGAGAGUCAUGCAUGAACCACAGCCCUUAAACACACACAUAAACGCCCAAAAACUCUUCUUCUGUCCUGGAAUGCCUUUCCCACCCCCUCCAACCUGUUUACCGGUUCUCAGACGUGGAUCUGCUGAAAAACUCGACACUGCUAUCAGUGUGACCUUUUCCACACUGCUUCACUCUCAUAGUUUUUUUCCUUCCUAUUCCUUCCUUCUUUGUCUGCUAGAAUCUCCACCGGCUUCUGUACAUCGUAGAGGUGCCGCCCACCCUAAAAACCCCACCCCUUCCAACACUCUACUUGGUUAGUUACAUACCACAGUACAAGUGGACCAAUGGGAAAUCUUUUCAAGCUGUUGUCAGGGUGAACAAGGUGAUUGACGCAGCGGUUUCUUCAAACCACAGUGCUUCCCGAAACAUACAAUCUUGAGAUUCUAGUAGCUGUGUGUCGUAUAAACCAGUAAUAAGUCUGACUCAGAGACGGUCAAAAGUGUGUGUACAUGUGCUGUGUGUGUUAAUGGACAGUCAGAGUGUGUGUGUCCUUUGUAUGUGCUGAUAUCCAGGAUAUCCCUUCCUAUGUGGCGUGUGCGCGUGUGUUUAUUUUGAAUGGAAUACACAGUGUUACAGUGGAUCCCUGUUACACAAACACACGUAAUAAAGGUUGUGUUUCCAUGCGGUUGUUCCUGAGGGCAGGUGUGUCACCCAUGUUAUGACUCCUAGAGAAACAUUACAUCCCCCUUUGAUCAAACACUGUAUUGUUUAUAGACUGUAUGUACAAAUGUAUGGCCUAGAGCAAAUGGAACGGAUGCCAAAAGAACAACUAUUCUAAAAGCAAAUAUUUUAUCUUGAUUCUUAUUAAAAGAGAAGAUAAAUCUAGUUUUGGACAUUUUGUUUUGUUUGUUGGUUUAUUUUUCCACAUUUAUCAUGAUUCAGAGGUCAAGAUUUAUAUGGUUGAUUUAUCAGAGACGUGUUAGAUGUUUAUUUAUCUGUGUCCCAGGGGCCGUAUGUUAGACGAGUGAGGACAUACAUGUAUUCCGUGUGUGUGUGGUGUGUGACUGUUACAGAUGAACACGUUAAACUCUGAAAUGCAAACUCUUCAUAAUGGUCAAAGAGAAUUCAGUCAUGUACAAGAGAGAAAGAGGAAGAUUACGUGUGUAUUUGAAGUCUUGGCAGUGUAAAUCACAGGGCCAAACACAAACUGGAAAUGCUGUUUUAUGAUGUCAAUAAAUGAUCGAUUGUGAAAAA